AUGCUUGCAAGCAACUACUCUACAAUAAUGUCAACGGCCGCACUCUUCUUGCCGGCGCUGCUCCUACUGCCGUCGUUGUUGGCAGCCACCGCAGCCGCGGAGGGCCGCACCAUCACCGUGUCACCGACAUGUCAGGGUAGCUGUGGCGGCGUCGACAUCCCUUACCCCUUCGGCAUCGGCGCCGGCUGCUACCGCCAUGGCUUCGAGAUCAACUGCACAGACGCUGGCGGCGCUGGCCCCGUGCCGCUCCUCGCCAACACGUCCAUCCCGGUGGUCAGCCUCUCCGCCGAUCCACCCGAGUCACGGGUGCUGCUUCCCAUUAGGUGGCAGUGCUAUAAAGUGAACGUCUCCGACGGUAAAGUGGUAGGCAAUAUGGAGGACACGAGCUUCUUCAACCACCAGAAGAACAUACCUAGCCAAGGCAUAUACCGCAUCUCCAACAAGCACAACGUGCUCUUCGUCCUCGGCUGCGCCACCAUCGGCAUCGUGAUGACCUUCAAGAACCAAACACUGGCCUACUCCUCCGGGUGCAUGUCCUUCUGCCGCAGUGCCACUGCAGCACAGGACGGCCAGUGCGCCGGCGACGGGUGCUGCAAGGUAGCCAUCCAGCCGGAGGUCACGAGCGUCGUGUUCGAGUUCCCCAACAUCAGGAAAGAGAUGCCACAAAUGCUCAACUACAGCCCAUGCGACUACGCCUUCAUCGUUGACGAGGACAACUACACCUUCCAGAGCUCCGACCUGCGGCACAUGGACAGAACCCGGACCAUGCCGGCGCGCCUUGACUGGGCUAUCCGUGAAAUGCCGUCCUGCGCCCACGCCAAGGACGCGGCAGAUCAGUACGCCUGCAAGAGCAAUCACAGCGAGUGCGUCGACUCCACCAAUGGGACUGGCUAUGCCUGCAAGUGCUCCCAAGGCUACGAGGGCAACCCAUACCUUGUCGGCGAAAGCGGAUGCACCGAUAUCAAUGAAUGCGACGAUCAAAGGAAGUAUCCUUGCUGGGAGCCGGGAAGGUGUGCGAACAACGAAGGAUCUUACGACUGCACCUGUCCUCCGGGUUCUCAUAACCAUGAUGCCAAAAUAGAAAAGUGUACUUUACUUCCUUCAAAUUUCCCACUGGCAGCAAAGAUCACCAUAGGUGUCAUUUUGGGCUCCUCCUUAUUAGUUGUUGCUCUACUUUCGACGCUACUGAGGCUCCAAAGGAGAAGAACGAAGGGCUUUUUUAAAAAGAAUGGAGGUUUGGUCCUUCGAGAUGUGAGAACUUUAAAUAUCUUCACAAAGAAGGAGAUAAACAAAAUCACCAAGAACCAAUCAGAGGUCCUUGGUAAAGGGUGCUUUGGCAAAGUAUACAAAGGGAUUCUUCCAGAUGGUACGACAGUGGCAGUAAAAACCUCCAUCAAGAUAAACAAAGUUCGAAAGGAGGAAUUUACCAAGGAAGUGGAGAUCCAGUCACAGAUGAUCCACAAGAACAUCAUCAAACUUAUCGGCUGCUGCUUGGAGGUGGAUGUUCCGAUGUUGGUGUAUGAGUUCGCUGCUAAUGGGAGUCUGCAAGACAUUCUCCAUGGUAAAACUCGGCUCGCUAAUUUCCCACUAGACCUGCGUCUGGAUAUUGCAAUUGAUGCUGCAGAAGGGUUAACUUACAUGCACUCAUCAACAAGUCAUACCAUCCGGCAUGGCGAUGUCAAGCCAGCCAACAUACUUUUAGAUGAAAAGAACAUGCCCAAAAUCUCAGAUUUCGGGACAUCGAAGUUUCUUACAAAGGAGAAAGAUCACACCGGGCUUGUUGUAGGCAGCAUGGAAUAUAUAGACCCGAUGUUCCGUGAAACGGGACAAUUAACACAGAAGAGUGAUGUUUACAACUUCGGAGUUGUACUCUUGGAACUCAUCACCAGAAAGCCAAUUGUGUAUGAUGGAAAUCAUAGGCUCAUAGUUGAUUUCUGUGAUGUUUAUCAGAAAGAAAACAGUGGAGAGGCAAUGUUUGACAAAGAUAUUGCAACCGAAGAAGAUACUUACAUACUGGAAGAGAUUGGCAGAUUGGCUGUAAAGUGUUUAGCACACGUUGUAGAAGAUCGUCCAGAGAUGAAGGAGGUAGCAGAACGACUUGCCAUGCUUAGAAGAGCUAGGAGAAGUGGGAACAUAAACAACAAAAGCCCCAAUUACUUUGAGGAAAUUUAAGGUGCUCCCUAGAGCAUUGCUUCUGAGAUUAGUUAACUACUCAAAAAAAAAAAAGUACCGUAUUUCUGUAUCUUAUAUCUUCAGUGUAAUGAAUAUUGACUAUUGUAUCGCGCCGUAAAGUCUGUUGCAGUGAAUAGUUAUCAAACAUACCUGGUAGCUUUGUUGGUGUACAUCACCUUGUUCUUCGAAGUGUUAAUAUGUUGUACACUAGUUCUAAAUGACAACAUAGAGAUCGACAUCUGCCUGGAGUAAAUGGUUAAUUCCUAGAGUUUUCUUGACGGCAUGUGACAUUCAGUACCUUAGAAUCCCUUUUAGGAUUGUCGAAACCGACAUCCAUUGAAAACAGAGCAUAUCAGAGUUAUAUGACACGACACUGUGAUGCAUAGGAACAUUGUCGUGUGUAAAUCCUCCCUAUCUAUUUUAAUUAAUAAAAACAAGCGAAAAAUUAAGCAUGGAGCACUUGAAGAUGCACUGACAACUAAACUGCGCAGCUCUAGGAAGUUAAGGCAAAGCUGAUUGGUGCUACAAUAUAUCAGGAAUCACAGAGAAUAACAUGUGCUGCUAAAAAGGAAAUUCAAUGGAAGACAACACUGGUGGAGACUACUGAAUGCUAAAAUGAAUCUAACAAUAAAUUAAGGGUCAUCCGCUAUUCUCAAUUGGGGAAGUUUCAGAAAUUGAAAAGUUGGAGCACUCACGCUAGGGCGGGU